UCCCAUGGUAAGAAAAUAUUUCUUGCCAUAUAGGACUAAAAAAAAAAUUCCUUUUUGGCUUUUACUCUAGGAGGUGGAGUGCACAGUGUCCUCACCAAUACUCCUUUGGUAAAUGCCACAGUAGGUUUCUUGUAGUGGUGUCUUAAAAUGAUCUUUUUAGAGGGGAUGUAUCAUAAUGUGUAGCCAAACUCCUUGAACCUUAUUCUUGAGUGGGGGAUGGCAAAUUAUUAUCCAUGGGCCAAAUCCCAUUCUCCAACUGUUUUUAUAAACAAAGCUUUAUUGGAGCACAGCCAUGCUGUUUGUUUACAUGUUGUCUAUAGCUUUUUUCUAACUACAGUGGCAGAGAUGAGUAGUUACAACAGAAACCAUAUGGCCUGGAAUGCCAAAAAUAUAAACUUAACUGAAAAAAUUUGUUGACCUCUGCUUUCGAGGAACAAACUAAUUACAGAUGCUUCCUAUUGUCCAGCUUUAUCCACAGGGGUUAGUAUCAUUCAAGGAUGUGGCUGUGGAUUUCACCCAGGAGGAGUGGCAGCAACUUGACCCUGCUCAGAGGACCCUGUACAGGGAUGUGAUGCUGGAGAACUACAGCCACCUGGUCUCAAUGGGGUAUCCAGUUUCCAAACCAGAUGUCAUCUCCAAGUUGGAACAAGGGGAAGAGCCAUGGAUCAUAAAGAGAGACAUAUCAAAUUGGAUCUAUCCAGAUGAAUAUCAGGCAGAUGGGAGACAAGACAGGAAGAGUAACCUUCACAACUCCCAGUCAUGUAUUUUGGGGACAGUUUCCUUCCAUCAUAAGAUACUGAAGGGAGUCACAAAGGAUGGUUCAUUGUGCUCCAUUUUAAAAGUCUGUCAAGGUGAUGGUCAGCUGCAGAGAAUUCUAGAGAAUCAAGACAAACUCUUCAGGCAGGUCACAUUUGUUAACAGUAAAACAGUGACUGAGGCAUCAGGGCAUAAAUAUAAUCCAUUGGGGAAAAUAUUUCAAGAGUGCAUAGAAACAGGUACAUCAAUACAGAGAUUCCAUAAAUAUGAUGCUUUGAAAAAGAACUUAAAACCAAAUAUUGACCUACCGAGUUGUUAUAAGAGCAAUUCAAGAAAAAAAAUUGAUCAGAGUUUUGGAGGUGGAAAAUCAUCUAGCCAGAGUGAGCCCAAUUCUAAUCUUGAGAAGAUUCACAAUGGAGUAAUACCUUUUGAUGAUAAUCAGUAUGGAACUGUUUUUAGAAAUACACAAUCCCUUAUUCAGUAUCAGAAUGUAGAAACUAAAGAGAAAACCUGUGUAUGUGUUACAUGUGGAAAAGCCUUUGCUAAGAAGUCACAGCUCAUUGUACAUCAAAGAAUUCAUACUGGAAAGAAACCAUAUGAUUGUGGUGCAUGCGGAAAAGCCUUCAGUGAGAAGUUUCAUCUUGUUGUACAUCAGAGAACUCAUACUGGGGAGAAACCUUAUGAUUGUUCUGAAUGUGGAAAAGCCUUCUCUCAGAAAUCAUCCCUUAUUAUACAUCAGAGAGUUCACACUGGGGAAAAACCCUAUGAAUGUAGUGAAUGCGGGAAAGCCUUCUCCCAGAAAUCACCCCUCAUUAUACAUCAGAGAAUACAUACUGGGGAAAAACCCUAUGAAUGUAGAGAGUGUGGGAAGGCCUUUUCCCAGAAGUCACAGCUGAUUAUACACCAUAGAGCUCAUACUGGAGAGAAACCAUAUGAGUGUACCGAAUGUGGGAAAGCCUUCUGUGAGAAGUCCCACCUCAUUAUACAUAAAAGAAUUCACACUGGUGAGAAACCCUACAAAUGUGCUGAAUGUGAGGAAGCCUUCAGCAGGAAGACGGAACUCAUUACACAUCAGUUAGUUCAUACUGGGGAAAAACCUUAUGAAUGUACUGAAUGUGGGAAGACAUUCUCCCGCAAGUCACAGCUCAUCAUACAUCAGAGAACACAUACUGGAGAAAAACCCUAUAAAUGUAGUGAAUGUGGCAAAGCCUUCUGCCAGAAGUCACAUCUCAUUGGACAUCAGAGAAUUCACACAGGAGAAAAACCUUAUAUAUGUACUGAAUGUGGGAAAGCCUUCUCUCAGAAGUCUCACCUUCCAGGACACCAGCGAAUUCAUACAGGAGAGAAACCUUACAUAUGUGCUGAAUGUGGAAAGGCCUUUUCUCAGAAGUCAGACCUUGUUUUACAUCAGAGGAUUCAUACUGGGGAAAGACCCUAUCAAUGUGCUAUAUGUGGGAAGGCCUUUAUCCAGAAGUCACAACUAACUGUACACCAGAGAAUUCAUACAGUGGUAAAAUCAUAAUGAACUGGCCACAGAAAAGCCUUAGAAUUAGCUCAAGCCUUAAUAAUUACUAGAAACCCAAUUAAUUUGAUAAGCUUGGGGACAAUAUCCCAAUAGAUAAAAAUUUUUAAGGGAAUCUGUUUCUAGUUUGGUGAUGCCUAACUUUUCCAGCAAAGAUGAUGGAAAAUAGUUAUAUAAAUGAAGAACAUUUUUAAUAUGGCAUGUAAAGAUUUUAAAGUUACGAACUCAGUGAUCAGUGCAGCAAGUUAAGCAUACAGAAUAUUGUCAAGUUGCAUAUUCCUUAUACUGCAUAAUGAUAACAGCCAUUGUGAAACUGCUAAUAUUAACUUGGCAUAAUUAUGGCCAUAAAGUAAUUUUCUAUAAAAGACAUGGAAGAAAACGAGUAAACAACAAAAUAAAACCUAUAUGCCAUUUUAAGAAGGGGCUUGAGCAUGACCCCUAAAGCUACAUGUAAAGGUCUUGUACAAAAAAUUGAACGAUAGGUUGAUCAGAUUCAGUAAAGUUGAUCUGUGUGCAUUUUCCCAUCUCAAGCAUAUAAGUUGACCUGCAUCUCUGGAAGGACCUUGAGAUUGAUGCAUUUUGGGCAGGUGUCCCUUUUAUUCUUCCCAACUGGGAACUUGGAGCUGAAAAACAUUGGCACUGAGGCCAGAUGGUCUUGGGUUUAAUCCUGGCUCAGUGACUCACAGAUUGUGUGACUUGAGGCAAACAUACUUCCCCUGAGUAUUUUUUAUCCGUAAGUACAAAUACAAUGCAGAGCUCAUUUUCAGUUAAUAUUAGUACUUUUUAAAUCUUUACUCUCUAUCUUGAAGCAUUAGAUGCUAAGACUAAUGUGUAGAAACCACAUCUGAACUUGCUUUUCCCUCUGGACACUGCUUUUGAUUGUCCAUCCCUAUAAGUGGCUCAUUUUACUGUCUUCUGAUCCUGGUGGCCUUAUUUUUUGCUAUGUUAAGGUUAUGUUUUUUAAUACUUGCAUUUAUUUUCAUAUACUUAUAUAAACCAUGGUGAUUGCACAUAAAGA